AUGCCACAAGAAAGCCGGACUCUGGCCCGGACCAGAGACCUCUUAGAUACCCCCCGAGUUUGCGACUCCUCAGAUCCUCAAGAGCUUGUGGCUAGACAGCCCCAGAAAGAGAAGGGAGAUCCGGGGGUGUGCUUGAACUGUCAUUCCAUAAAGAAAAGUCCCGUCAGCUUGGAAAGUGUUAGCGACCAGAACGGUUUGACUGUCCCGGUGAGGGGUGAGCCGGGAGGACAGGAUGUGUCGGAGGCAGCCGGGAGCCCCGGCCCCUUUCCAGUGCCUCCCAAUGCUGCCCUCUUUGUCGUGGCCCUAAAAUCUUGCCUCUUCUUUCUCACCUCAGAUUGCUUUGGCUCACCCAUCUUCACGCCAAUCAAAGCGGAUAUCAGCGGAAACAUCAAGACGAUCCGGGCCGUCUAUGACACAGACCCCACCAAGUUCCGGACCCUGCAGAACAUCCUGGAGGUAGAGAAGGAGAUGUACGGGGCCGAGUGGCCCAAGGUCGGGGCCACGCUGGCUCUCAUGUGGUUGAAAAGGGGCCUGAGGUUCAUCCAAGUGCUGCUCCAGAGCAUCUGCGAUGGGGAGCGUGACGAGAACCGCCCCAACCUCAUCCGCGUCAACGUGACCAAAGCCUAUGAGAUGGCCCUCAAGAAGUACCAUGGCUGGCUGGUGCAGAAGAUCUUUCAGGGAGCGCUCUAUGCAGCCCCGUACAAGUCGGACUUCCUGAAGGCUCUCUCCAAGGGGCAGGAUGUCCCAGAAGAGGAGUGCCUAGAGAAAGUCCGCCUCUUUCUGGUCAACUUUACGGCCACCAUCGACAUCAUCUACGAGAUGUACACCAAGAUGAACGCUGAGCUCAAUUACAAGGUGUAGCUGCGCCAGCUGGCGUCUCCAGAGUACCCGAAUCACUGUGAAAGGAAUCCCAGGCUGCCCCCCGCGGCUCCGCAUACCCGCGGCUCCGCAUACCCAGGGCCGCAGCGGCCGCUUUUAAGUCGAGACGGACGUAUCAUGCUCCGUGGUGCGCCCCAUUUUAAGAGUUUUCUAUACAAACAGCAAUAAGAUUGAACGAUCCCAUUUCCACUUUGCCUUAGAAUUUCACGGAGUCCGUGCAGGCUUCGGAGCUCCCUUUGAGGGGGGUUUAGUGAUUAACGUUUCUAAUCAAUCACGUCCUGAGUCGUUCUGGUUUGAUUUUGCCGUUAUUGUCUCGCACACUGCGGGGAGGGCGCCCGCCUCCCCUGCUUCGGCUGAGGCCCCAGUAUUUUUAGGUACAAUAAUGAAGUGUGAUUUGAGGUGACUGACGGGGGACUUUUACUGUGUGUUGUGUCCCUGUCCUGGCAUCUGCCGCCGCCGCUGCUCUCCUUCUGCUCACUUCUGGCCAGAUGUUUUUAACCUCCAGCAAAGCCCCCACGCCUGACUCUCACCCAGGGAUGCCCUCUCUGACCCUGGCUCAGAUGUUCUCCCGGAGGGCCAGGCUCUGCUUUCCUCUGGAUUCACUCUUCCCUUCAGGAACAGCAUUUCCAGCUUGGUCUUGUGAUCUGUAUUACCCCAGAGGGAGCUGGGGGGAGACCUGGUGCUGCUGAGACUCUGAGCACCCCCUCCAGCCCCUCCGUUUUGCCUUAAUCGGGGCUCUUGGGAGCUGCUAAGCUGUGAUCGAGAAUCAUUUUGGUCUCGAGUUGAAUAGCUGUAUUGCUCUUGGGGAAAAGUAAGAGGGACUUUGAUGCAAAAAAACCAAGAAACAGAAAACAGAAACCUGAAUAAUCCUUAUUAAAACUAUUUUCAAAUC